UAAAAUAAGUUGAAUCCACACGGGAGGAGUGAAACCCCGUGGUCCCAGUGACACUUUGCCGAGGGUAGGAAGAAACCAGAAGGGAAGACGAAGACGACACUGCGACGUCGUCAAUUCUGAGACACAAAAACAAAGUGGAAAAUGCCAUCCGUUUGCUUUACUCUCUUCUCUAUUUUACUGAUCGCCACCCUUCCCAACUUUCAGGGAUACGCCGCUAGUGAUCUUUACUCCAGAUCAUCAUCGCCGUUUUCAGUGGCUCUUGAAACCCUUCAGAAACAAUUAGGCUAUUCCUUCAACAGCACAGGUCUUCUUCGUCGUGCCAUGACUCAUGCUUCCUUCUCAGAAGAGAACAACAGAGGUUUGAGCAUUUUGGGUGCUUGUAUCAUGCAAAAAGCUGUCUUAUUCCAGUUACUAUCUAAAGACAUUGACAUUUCUUCGAGAGAUCUGAAUCGUCGAAUAGCGGAAAUCUCCAAAGUGGAAUCUGCAUGUACUGGAGACGGAUUGCGGUUGGGAUUGCACAAAGUGGUUCGGGUUUCCCCCAAGACCAAUUCUUCUGCACCUUCUGUGGUUUGUGGUGCGUUCCGUGCAAUCUUUGGUGCUAUUGCUAUUGAUGCCGCAAACUACGAUGCUGCAGGCAACGUUUUCUGGGCCGUUCAUGGCUCUAAGGGCGGCGUUGCUCUGCCAUUUUGAACCAAAGUGAGAAGUGUGGACAGAUGGAGGAGGGUAGAAACAUAAAGUAAUGUUGCGAAGUUAAGAGAGAAAAUUGGAUUGAAGAUGGACGUUUAGUUGAAGAUCACGAGAUACCUGAGUAUCAUCGCCAUUAGGUGCGUUAAUCACGACUUUCUCGUACUAGCCUUUUAUCCAAUAUCAUUUGAGAAAGAGUGCAGACUGUUGGAACUAGGAUGCUAUUUUACUCUUUCUUUGUCCAAAAACGAAUUUAUUACUAAUAUUCUCAUUUCUCAACAAGCAGCCUGAAAAAAGCUCUAAUCUCGGCAUGGUUGGGCUUGGCCCAAUAUGUCACAGAUUGCUUGAGUCUUUUUAAAAAAAAAAAAA